AACUUGAUUUUGGACGAGAAGAAUAAUUGACGGGUUCCGAUCAUUGUACCCACUACCCACUAGGCCACUACAAAAGAUAAAACAAACAGUUUCCAGAAAAGCUGAAAGCUCAUAGGUGAAUUGCGAAUAUAGAUCAGUUUAUCAUCAAAGUUCAGAACUUGUUCUUUUCAUCCAAAAAAUGGCGAGUGAUAGGAAAAUUGGGGUAGCUUUAGAUUUUUCCAAUGGAAGCAAGAUCGCUCUCAAAUGGGCUAUUGAUAAUCUUCUCCGCCACGGUGAUACUCUUUAUAUUGUUCAUGUCAAUCAUUCCAAAGCCACUGAAUCUCGUAAUCUUCUAUGGGCAACCACUGGUUCUCCUUUGAUUCCGAUUUCGGAGUUUCGUGAGAAGAACGUGCAGCACCAGUAUGAGGUGGAACCUGAUGUUGAGGUUUUGGACAUACUUGACACAGUUUCUAAACAGAAACAGGUGCCUGUGGUGGGGAAGAUAUAUUGGGGGGAUGCAAGAGAGAAAAUUGUUGAUGCUGUUGGGGAUUUGAAGCUUGAUGCUUUGGUUUUGGGUAGUAGAGGUUUGGGUGCCAUAAAAAGGGUAUUGUUGGGGAGUGUAUCUACUUUCGUAACUUCAAAUGCAAGUUGCCCUGUAACAAUUGUGAAAGAAGAUGUCCCUUCUACCAUCUGAUAUGCUACUGCAUGAAAUUUGGUUCAUCUUUUAAAAUGGAUGUUCCCUUUGUUCUCACAUGUACUUAUUUAUGGUCUACUUGAAACUUGAUCAUUAAGUAUUCUUCAAUUUAGUUUUUUCUUUUUCAAGACUCUAUUUUUAGCUUUGUAUAAGUGCUUAAGCUAUAGCCAAAAGUGUGUUUAUAAUUAAGCUUUGUGUUGGAUCUGUUUCAAACUGGGUGUACAACAUGAUUGAAAUGUUUCAUAUUUGAUUCUUCUUACUA